AUGCAAGGCUUCAACAUGGGGCGGUACCUCCCGCCGGACGCGCACGGCACGCACACCUCCGGCAACCGCCUACACUCCAAGCCCCACGCACUCGGCUCACGCGCAUCGCGCCUCGCCUCCCACGGCAUCCUGAUCGUGCGCUUCGAGAUGCCCUUUGCCGUGUGGUGUGCCCAUUGCCCGCAACCGACACUCAUCGGCCAAGGUGUGCGGUUUAACGCUGAGAAGCGCCGGGUGGGGGAGUAUUACUCGACGCCGGUGUGGGGGUUUACGUUGCGUCAUGCGGCGUGUGGUGGGGUGGUGGAGAUGAGGACGGAUCCGAAGAAUGCCGAGUUUGUGGUUGUGUCUGGGGCGAGGAGGAGGGAUUAUGGUGGGGAGGGGAAGGGUGAUGAUUCGUUGGUGGCGUCGUUGUCGUCGGUUGCGCCGAUUGUGACGGAGCGGGAGAGGGCGGAGCAGCGGGCGGGGGCGUUUGGGAAAUUGGAGAGGACGAUUGCUGAUCGGGAGAAGUUGGUGGGUGCGACACAGCGGAUUGAGGAGCUGCAGGAGGCUGCGGAGAGGCAGUGGGAGGAUCCGUAUGCGCUGAAUCAGCGGUUGCGGAAGGCGUUUCGUGUCGGGCGGCAUGCGAGGGAGGAGGAGGCGGUUAGGACGGAGGCGUUGACGGAGCGGAUGGGGUUGGGGAUUGAGUUGUUGCCGGAAGCGGAGGAGGAUGCGAAACGGGCGAGGCUGGUUGAUUUUGGGGAGGUGGAUGUUGAGAAAGAUGUCAGUGUGGGCAGGGCGUUGGCGAAACCGCUCUUUGCACCAUCAUCAUCAUCACAUAAUAGCCCGCCGAAACGAGAAGAACAACUCACCACAAACGCUAGCAACAAACCCAAACCCACCAGGACAACCGCAACGGUCCCAGCGAAAAAGAAACUCAAAUCCGAACUCGCAGCUGCUCGCACCCGCGAGAACCUCGUGUCGGAAAUCGUCAGCAACACCCGCGCGACACGCGAUCCAUUCCUCGAUUUCGGUACAAAAGGUAACGGCACGCCAAAAGGUCGGCCGGCCCGGCUGCCGGGGAUCAAGCGGAAGCGGCCUGUAGAGGAAGUAGGACGUGAAGGUGAGGAGAAUGAGAAGGAUGUGCCGGAAGAAAGCCAGGGCAGCUCGUUGAAAUUAAGGGGGAACGGGGAUGUACCGAAAGAAAAGGGUGCAUCAGAGCAGGUGGCUAGCUCCACGUCUUUGGUAGAUUAUGGCUCGGACUCGGAUUAG